AUGCGCCGCCACCGUUCACCACCACCCUCCUCCAACCCCCACACACCCGUUCUCACUACAAUCGGCCUCUCCGUCCUCCACCUCGCCCGCGCAACGAGCGUGGUAUGGACAAGCCCGUCUGCAGGGGACGUGUACGCCUCGGGGGACACGAUCGUCGGCGAGUGGAGUGCCGAGCCAGAAACGGACGAGUCGUGGGCGGAGCCAGCGUUCAGCCUCUGCGACGCAAGCUCGGAAGCGCAGACGGCGCUCGAGGCUAAAAACCAGGAUUCGGAUGGGCAGGAUGCGCUGGACACCGGGCAGAACUGCGGCGCGAGCGUGUACCCAGACGUCCAGUCGGACGGAGGGUCGUGCCUUAUACAAGUCUCGCUCCCAAACGUGACUUCGCCUUCUCAGUUCGUCCUCCGAAUGCAGGCAUCCUCAGGCAAGACGGCGUGCUCGCCUGCGUUCCAGCUCACACCCUCUGCCCUGCUCUCAUCUGCGUCCUCGCCUGCAAAGAUUGCAUCCGCCGCGCCUCUGGGCGUCUCCUCCUCCAAAAUAUCCUCCCCAACAUCCUACCCGAACCUCUCCCAAAAUACCUCGUCCUCCUCCACCGAUCCCCUCACAGACCCGAACUCCGCACUGAGCACGCGGCCCGCGCCGACCGCAGCGUACGCCGUCCCACUCGCGCUCGUGCUCACCGUGCUCCUCGCUGCGGGCGCGCUGUGCGUGAGAGAGCGGAGACGGCUGCGUGUUGAGCGUGGAAGGGAGAGGGAGGCGCUAUCAAGGCGACCGACGAUGGAGGAUGCGCACGCGGGCGAGUUUGGGAGCUUGAGGAGUGGGCGGUGGGGAUUGGGCGUGGGGAUGGGAGACGCGGGGAGCUCGAGGGCAUCGACACCGACUGCGGCGGCGCCGGCGAGCGUUGCGGGCUCUUUUCGGAGCGGGUACGCGCAUGCACGUUCAAGUCUAGAGGGCAAAGACACGGACAAUGACGCGGCAUCGCUUUACUCGGUGGCGUCGGUGCGAAGACAGCAGGGCGUGCGGCGGUCCACCAGGAGCUCGAAUCCUUUCGGGAGGAGGGGACGAGGCAGAGUGAGCGCGCGCGAGUUCAGGAGUGCGGUGUCGCCGGUGCCGCCGGUGCUCGGGAGGAUGGAGAGUGAGGGGUGGGGGUGGGGGUGGAAGGCGAAGGAGGUGGAGGGGAAGGAGGAGAAUGCGGGAGUGGAGGAGGACGUGUUGGAGAGGUAUGCGGGGCCGUCGCCCGUGCCGCCGUUCCUGAGCUCGCUGGCGCGGGGUGGGCGCCGUCACGAUGCUGAACUACUAUCUCCGCAUUCAAACGAGCAUCAACAUAACAGCGAGUACCUCUCUCCGCACCUGGACCUCGAUGCGCUCUCGCCCGUGCCGCUUACGCCAUCGCCUGCGCGUCCGGAGAGGUUGCACGUCCGACGAUGUGCGGAGGUGUAUCAGGAGGCGUGCGAGGAGAAGCCGUUGCCUAGGAGGCCGGGUGCGGCACGGGCGGUGUAUGAGGAGGUGGCGAGGAAGGUGGGUGGGUGGAGGGGUGGGUGA